CACACGUCAUGCGAUUGCUCCGCUCCACCAUGGGUAUAAAGGGAAUGGACGCUUGUUUUUCUUCUUCUUCUUCUUCUUCCAAUAUUCACCCACUCAAAAACUUACACACUUGACAGGAAGAAAUAUGGCUGGCUGGUUUGGCUCACGUACGGACGAUCCCGUCCACAACGCUCGUCAGAAAGCAGAAGAUGUGGCCCACGAAGCAAAACAAACGACCGAAGACAUUGCCCAUUCCACAGAUGAUCGGACUAGUGGCAAAAACAUUGCUCAUGCGAGCAAACAGUCGGCGGAAGAUAUUGCACAUUACACAAAACAGCGAUAUGAAGAUGUUCGACACGGUGCUGAGGGAUAUGCACAGUCUGCUCGUGCAGCCGCUGCGGAAGGAUACGAAUAUGCAAGAGAUCGCUCGGAGAAUGCUCUAAAAGGUCUGGAACAGGGGGCGAAAAGGGUUGAGCGCGAUGUAGAGGACACAGUGUCGUCAGCAAAGGAAAAGGCUGAAGAGACAAAGGAUGCAAUGUGGAGUUCAUGGUUUCGAGCAAAGAACAAGACAGAGGAAGCUGCACAUGAGGCUGCCGAGAACGCCAAACGAUCCGUAGAUCGUGCGGCAGACGCUGGGCGACACGGAUAUGAAGUGAGCAAACAGUCAGUCGAGGACGCGACUGAACGUGCCUCUCAACGAGCUGCCCAGGUGGCCAGUAAAGCGGAUGAGGCUGGGAAGGGGUUUCUGUCCUCCAUCUGGAGCGCCACGAAAAAGACUGAGGACGCGGCACAUGAAGCAGCUGACAAGGUUCAAUCUGCUGCCACCCGCGCAGCAGAACUGGGGAAAGAAGGCUACAAUCAGACAAAACGCACCGUAACAGACACCGCUCACCGCGUGGAGCAUAAGGCGGAAGAAGUAGGCGAUUCAUUCCUUUCUUCCAUAUGGGGUGCCAAAGCCAAAACAGAACAAGUCGCCCAUGAUGCUGCUGAAAAGACUCAACAAGCAGCCACACAUGCGGCAGACUUGGGCAAGAAAAGCUACGAACAGACCAAAUCUGCCCUGGGAAGUGCUGUUCACACCGUAGAACACAAAGCCGAUCAAGCCAAGGAAGGAUUUUUCGAUACUAUUUGGGGUACCAAACGCAAAGCGGAGGACAUUGGCCACGAUGUUACUGAAAAAACCGCGAGCGCAGCCCGUACCGCAAAACAAAAUCUUGAUUCAGUGGUGGAUCGAGCGGAACGGGGAGCGGCCGACGUAUCACGUCGAGCAGACGAAGUCGCCGAACGAGGUUGGAACGAAUCCAAACAGACCCUCGAGUCCGCCAAAGAAACUGCUUUCAAUACUUGGUGGGGUACCAAACAGAAAACCGAGCAGAUCGGUCACGAAGCGGCUGAAAAGGUCCGCGAAGCAUCUGAGAAUGUUAAAGAAAAAGUUGAGGAACAAAGACCGUCUGGAUGGUUCUCGUGGUUCCGCUCAUCAACACCACCUUCAGAUACCUUACACAACAUCCAGCAAAAGUCCGAAGACAUUUCCCAUGCCACAAAACAAAAAAUUGAAGACGCCGGUCACAACCUACAACAGAGAGCCGAAGAUGUCCAACACAAUGUGCGUCAAAAACUGGAAGAUGUCGACUACACCGUUCGCAAAAACGUGUCAGAUGCCACUGCUCCCCGCGUAGAUGUAUACAAUCCAAAUCCUACCACCCCCCAAACCGCAGCAGGGACCGUUUCCUCCGUUUCAACAUCUCUUGACCCGUUGCCCCACUGGACGCUUGCAGCUCUCUGCGGGGCGGGAACAGGGUACGCUCACGUGCGCCUUCGCAACCCGGCGUCAACACUGUGCAUGGCGACCCUCUCUGGUUUGUUUGCAUUUUCUGGGUAUCUGCUCAAAACUGGCGACGCGCGGCGUGGAUAUGACAUUGGAUCCGUCGCUUCGCUGGGAUUAUUGGCUUAUACUGCACCAAUGGCGAGACGGGAUGGCGUUUGGUUAGGGUUUACGGCUUUGGGGGGUGUCAGCGUUGUUGGGAAUGCUAUCAAGGCGUAUCAGGUUAGGACUGGGGUGCCGAGGGAUGUACAGGUUGGAGUGCAUAGGGCUUAGGAGAGCAACAGUCUUACUGGAAGGGAUCUGGUUGUGUCCUUGUGCAUGUUUUUGAAUACAUGUCCUGUGUGCCUGAAAACAAACUUUUAGCAGCUACUGAUUUGAAUUACAGUGUAAUACAACACUAAGAGGUGCAUUCAUUUCACUUGUUACAGUAUCG